AUCCACUCCCGAUAUCAAGGACUCUCUUGUCAGAAAAAAGUCGAGCAUUGUCCAGGACAAACCUAGAAAACACGUGAUAGUGAUGAUACAGACUUGCUCCUCAACAGCAUGAAGAGGUCCCCGCGUUUCGACAUGGUCUGUCACGGACAAAAUGUUGAAACACAAGAAGACCAUUAAGCUGAGCCCUGGCAACAACAUGGCGGCUCUCUCCCCUCUUACAUCCCCCACUGAAGUCAACAAACUCCUAUGGUACACCUUCAACACUCUAGUCGACCCCCACGACGGUACCGCCCACAUUUCCACACUAAAGGUCUUGAUUUCCAGUCUAGGAAGAGUUUUCGGAUGUGAGAAAUCGGAGGAGCUCCUGAACAUUGAAGGACAAACAAAGAUAGACUUUCAUUUACUUUGUGAUAUCAUCGAUCGCAAAUUUCUACAAAGCAAUGCCGAUACUCCCACGAGAGAAAAUUCGGACGAGCUCUCUAACAUAUACCAACUUUGCUGGAAUAUCUAUUAUGAUCAUUUCUAUACCAAGGCGGAGUUCAAUCUGUACAAGUCUAGCGAAAAAAAUCUUUUAAAAUUGUGGAUGAUUUUCAUCUUGUUGUCCGAAGACACUGAAGAUGGUGUUCCGAAGGGACCUCCAGAAAUCGACCGUAAUGAAAUGGGGAUCUUGUUCCGGUCCUUUGUAUCGAUAUCCGGACUUACCCAGUUAGAAGACAAGAUUCAAGAAAUGGAAAUGGCUUCAGGAAACUUGAAUUUCGUUGAAUUUAAAGAUUUUUUUAUCGCGUUGUUUGGAUCUCAGCUUGGAGACAGUGAUUUUCAAUAUUAUCUUUCUAAGAUACACGAAUUGUACAUCGAUGACAUCUUUCAAAAGGGCAUGCUGUGUAAGAGAGGGUACCAGGUGAAGCAUUGGAAGGACCGCUGGUUUGUCCUCAGGAGGAACACACUGAAAUACUACACAAACACCCAGGAGAAAGAACUCAAGGGCUGCAUCAACAUCGUCAAGGAGUGUCGAAUUGAGGUUGUAUCGGAUAAGGGUGGAACAAAACAAAACCGUUUCGUCAUCCACACCAGUUCCAAGCCUUACGAGUGUAGUGCAGCCGAUGCCCGAACACGCACUGAAUGGGUCACGGCGCUAAACCUUGCCAUCAGCAAGUGCGAGGAUCCCGACUAUCACUACCACAAGCACCAAUCAAAACAGAGACAGGAGCGAAGGCGGGAGAAGAGAAGGCAGGAGGAAGAAGAACUGAAGAAGAGGCUGCAGGACGAAGAGACACUUCGGCGUCUUCAGGAAGAGUAUAGCGAGCGUCAUCGACAAGAUGAAAUGCGACUUCAAGAACAAAUGGAAGCUUUGGAGGCGGAGAAACUUGCCCGAGAGGACUUAGAAUCCCGAUUGCUGAAGGAAGCAGCAUUGCGGGAAGUGGAGAAACGGCGACUGCGAGAGCUGGAAGAAGUUAAAAAAGAAUUGCAACGCCUCCUGGAGGAUGAACGCCAAGCCAAGCGGGACGAAGAAAUAGUCCGCCAAUUACAAGCAAGUCUGCUAGAAGAGGAGUCGCAGAAGCGCGCGGAAUUGGAACGUCUGCGUAACGAGCAGGAGGAGCUACUCCGUCAAGAGCGACAAGAACGAGAGGGUCUGGAAGGUCUAAAAGGAGAACAGGAACGGCUUCUUCAGGAGGCUGCAGAGAGGUUAAAACAGCUGGAGGUUGAAAGGGAGGCUGCUAAUUCCGAGCUUCAGGAAGCAUCAAAUAAGCUAGAAAAAGCCGAGAAGGACCGUAUCAUUGCUGAAGCAAAAAUGAAAUUAUGGAAAAAUCCGACAAUAGGAUUAGCGCGUCCAGUGCUCCCAAAGGUCGAUCCAUUUUUAACUCAUCGCGGGGAAGGGGCAUUUUGUCAACAAGACUUUAUAAAAAAGGAUGACGAGAAAGAGGGUGUAUUAAAGGAAAACAAAAAGGAACUGUCAGAGACACCUGAGCUGACCAAGGACAACCAGAAACUUGAGGCAAAUGCGGAAGUGGAUACAAAAAUGAAGAAAAAUGUGGAAGGGGAGACAAAUGAGGAGGAAAAUCCACACUUAAAUCCAGACACACCAGCGAAUGAAGACUUGAUUGAAAAUAAUCAAAAUUCUUACAAAUUCCGUGACAGUGGGUCAUCCAAUAAAGAGAAUUAUAUCAACACAACAUCUGAUGACACUUUGGAAACUGAGCUUAAAAUUACCGAGUGAAUUUCCAGGAUUUGGACUUUACAAAUUUCCUUUCCUAAAUGAUGCAACAUUUCAAAACAAUGAUGUAAUAUUUCCAAAUGUGAAAAACAAUGCCUGUUUAUAGAAUUAAAGUCAUAAAUAAUGCA